GGCUCGCGGGCAGCCACGAACCUCCGCCACUGCCAGGUCUCAGUGGGUGCCUGCGCCCGUGCCUCACCCGCCUGCCCAGGUCGUCCCGAGGCUCGCUCCGCCGGCCGCCGGUGCUCCACGGCGCUGCCCAUGGCCAAGCCCGAGAGCCGACUUCGGGCGCCAGACCGGCUGGAAGGUGGCGCGGCUCAGUAAUCGGAAGCCGGCGACACCCAUGUGUCACUGAUCCGGAGGCAUCCCUCGCGGCAGCGCUUCAUGACCCAGCGGCGCCCCGCCCAGUGAAGCCACCGUGGUGUCCAGCAUGGCCGCGCUGCUCCUGGGCGCGGUGAUGCUGGUGGCCCAGCUCCAGCUAGUGCCUUCCCGCCCCGCCGUGCCCGGGGCCGAGCUGGGCCAGCCGGAGCUUGUGAGGAAAGCGGCGACCUUGCAGGACGAGAUCCGGGAAGGCGCGGCCCCCAACGGCUCCGCCCAGCAGCUGCCGCAGACCAUCAUCAUCGGCGUGCGCAAGGGCGGCACACGCGCGCUGCUGGAGAUGCUCAGCCUGCAUCCCGACGUGGCGGCCGCCGAGAACGAGGUGCACUUCUUCGAUUGGGAGGAGCAUUACAGCCAAGGCCUGGGCUGGUACCUCAGCCAGAUGCCCUUCUCCUCCCCGCACCAGCUCACGGUGGAAAAGACCCCCGCGUACUUCACGUCGCCCAAAGUGCCUGAGCGGGUCCACAGCAUGAACCCGUCCAUCCGGCUGCUGCUCAUCCUGCGGGACCCGUCGGAGCGCGUGCUGUCCGACUACACCCAAGUGUUCUACAACCACGUGCAGAAGCACAAGCCCUACCCGUCCAUCGAGGAGUUCCUGGUGCGUGAUGGCCGGCUCAACGUGGACUACAAGGCCCUCAACCGCAGCCUGUACCACGUGCACAUGCAGAACUGGCUUCGCUUCUUCUCGCUGAGCCGCAUGCACAUCGUGGACGGCGACCGCCUCAUCAGGGACCCCUUCCCCGAGAUCCAAAAGGUCGAGAGGUUCCUGAGGCUGUCGCCGCAAAUCAAUGCCUCGAACUUCUACUUUAACAAAACCAAGGGCUUUUAUUGCCUGCGGGACAGCGGCCGGGACCGCUGCUUACACGAGUCCAAAGGCCGGGCGCACCCCCAAGUCGACCCCAAGCUCCUCAAUAAACUGCAUGAAUAUUUUCACGAGCCAAAUAAGAAAUUCUUCGAGCUUGUCGGCAGAACAUUUGACUGGCACUGAUUUGCGAUAAGCUAGGCUCGGAACCUUUCCUACUGUAAGUUAUAGUGUACAUCUAGGGGGGCAAAAGAAUUUUAAAAGGGCAUUUAAGCUAUAAUUUAUUUGUAAAAUCCAUAAAUUACUUCUGUACAGUAUUAGAUUCACAAUUGCCAUAUAUACUAGUUAUAUUUUUCUACUUGUUAAAUUGAGGGCAUUUUGUAUUGUUUUUCAUGGUUGUUAACAUGUGUAAUAUGUCUCUAUAUGAAGGAACUAAAA